AUGGGAGUCACAUUGGCUGCCGUUAUUGCCGCCAUCAUUAUCGGCGCCGUAACAUGGUUCCGGCGACAUGUAAAGCUUCGACAACAGCUCUCCACGAUACCUUCACCACGAUCCUUUCCUCUUCUUGGCCACAUCCCCAUCACGAAACCCGACCCAGAAGGAUUUUUGGAGCAGCUGAUGGGCAUGGCGGUUCUCUACCCCAGCAAACCGCGAAUGGUGGUGUUCUGGAUCGCCUUCCAACCGACGAUCAUGAUAUAUGAAGCGGCGUUGGCGGAGAAAGUGUUCACGAACCUAAAGAACUUGAACAAGAGUUUCCUCUACGAUUUGCUGAAGCCGUGGCUGGGCGAAGGACUCCUGAUAAGGUGGGUUUUUUAGGCUCUUGAUGAACUUUUGUUGUUAUUUUUGAAGUUUAGGUAAUAUAGUAGAUGAAGGCUUUUUGUACCUCACUUUUUAGCAGUAAAAUCAAGCUUUGUUACCCAAAACCUGUUAUUGGAAAAAAAAUUAUAGAUUCUGUCUCGUUUUUUAGAAACGUAUGUAAGCUUGACGUCUUUUAUGGAGUUGCCUGUCAUUAUCUUUUUGAAAAACAAAAUUUUGUUUUGGAAAAAUGAUGUAAAAACUAUUGAUACUUCUCAAAAACAAAGCUAGAAUAUACAGUAGAAUAGAGUAGUUUUGUUAUAUUUUUGUUUAUUUUCAUUGACUUUUUGACCUUUUCAGCAAGUACGAUGCAUGGAAACCGAGGAGAAAGCUUUUGACGCCAACGUUCCAUUAUGAGAUUCUUCGCAACUUUGUUCAUGUUUUCAAUUCUCAAGCUCGCAUUCUGAAUCAACAACUUUACAAACUUAUAGAGAAGACGUAAGUUGAUGUUUUUAUUUGUCUUUGGUGUUUUAGGUAAUAAGUUCUUAACUUCGUUCUUGAAUUCUUGGCUAAAGCAUUGAAAUGCGGGUUUAAACGUAGGAACUUGUGUUGUGGUGUUAGUAAGGUAUCUGAAAUGUUGAUUUUUGUGGUUUAGAUAAUAAAAAAUUGAGGUUUAGAUAUAGGCAUUGAUGUUACGUUUUAGGUGUAGGCUAAACUGAAAGAAAUUUUGGUAAUAUUAGACCUAAAAAUAGGUAGUUAAGAUCAAAAACUAUUUUUUAAUUGUUUUAGGGACGUAAUUGACGAUGUAUAUCAACCAGUAAGCUUGUGUGCUUUGGAUAUUAUUUGUGAAACAUCGAUGGGACAAUCAGUGAAUGCUCAAUUUGAAGCGGAUUCAGAAUACGUUAAGGCAGUGUUACGAAUCAACGAAAUCAUUCAGAGUCGUCAGAAGAAUCCUGUGCUUUAUCCUGACUUUAUCUUCAACAAUCUUCCAAUUGGCAAGGAACAUAAAUGGGCGUUGGAUGUUUUACAUUCAUUUACAAGGAAGGUAUGUGUUUAUUGUCAGUUUUUAUAAUUUUUUGAUGGAAUAUGCGAUGAGUUUUUUAGAAGUUUUUUGAGAUUCUUGUACGUUGUUUGAUUUUAAAGUUUGAUAAAAUUCAUUUAAAAUUGUAAUAACAUUGUUUUAGGUAAUAACGGAACGUCGAAAGGUCGUAAAUUCAGAAGUAACAGCCGUCAAUGAUCGUUUGGCAUUUUUGGAUUUGCUAUUGGAGAUGGAAAACCGUGGUGAAAUUGAUGAAAAGUCGAUUCAGGAAGAGGUAAAGGUGACUUCUUUAAAUUUUGAAACUUCCAUUUUUAGGUAGACACAUUCAUGUUCGAAGGCCAUGAUACUACGGCUACAGCCACGACCUGGGCUCUCCAUCUAUUUGGCUGUUAUCCAGAAGCUCAGGAGAAGAUUGUAGAAGAAAUCAAUCGUGUGGUAGGAGAUUGUGAAGAGAUCACCCUGGAUCACAUAUCAAAGUUGGAGUAUCUGGAGUGUUGUUUGAAGGAGAUGCUACGAUUAUACCCUAGUGUGCCGAUGAUAGCAAGGAAGUUGGACACGGAUCUGGACAUAGGAGGACACAAAAUUCCAGCUGGAGUGGAGGUUCUGCUGAAUAUAUACCUGAUUCAUAGAGAUCCGAACAAUUGGGAGGAUCCUGAAGAGUUUAGACCUGAACGGUGGGUUGAUUGCUGAAGUUUUUUUUAUUUCAAAAAAUUUUUAAGAUUAAAAUUUUUUAUUUCAAAUUUUUUAAGUUGUCUCUAAUUUAAUGAGAAAUUAAAAAAAAAGUUAAUAACAUUUAUUAUGCGACUAUUUACAGAUUCAAGAGUGGGAAAUCGACCAACCGCAACGCCUUCGCGUACGUUCCAUUUUCGGCCGGCAGCCGCAACUGCAUUGGCCAACGGUUCGCGAUGAUGGAGGAGAAGAUUCUGUUGUGCUGGAUCCUGCGCGAGUUCCAGGUGGUAUCGAUGCGACGCCGCGACCAACAACGCUUCAUGGUUGAACUGAUCCUGCGGCCCACGGACGGCGUCAAGAUUCGGUUGAUUCCACGCAAAAAAUGA